AUGGAGUACUCAACACAAGGUUAUCGUGCUUUUUGUACCAUACUAAAAUGGAACCCGAGCUGGUCAUCCACCAUAGGAUCCACUACUGUUAUAAGCAUCACCAGUCCUUUGGCUAUUCUGCUGAAUGCAAUUUUGAUUGUUGCCGUCCUGAAGAAAAAGAAGCUUCAGAGCAUCUGUAAUAUCCUAGUGGCCAGUAUGGCAGCUUCCGACCUUCUCAUUGGUGCAGUGGCCCAGCCUCUGUUUCUGAGCGCAGGGUUGUAUCGCUUGCAGGGCGAUUAUGAGAAAAUGUGUACCAUUAUCCUAGCAGGCUUCUUUUCGAUGUACCUACAAAGUGCUUCCAUCUAUCACCUGACUUUCAUAACCUUGGAGAGGUACAUUGCAAUCGCCAAGGGUUUGAAUUACAAGUUCAUUAUCACUAGAAGCCGCCUAAAAGCCUGUAUUACAGUCAUUUGGUUUUUUACUGUCCUUUCAAUUGUUCCAUCCGGCGUGUACAUAUCUGGCCUCAUCGGGAAAGAGACUAGGAACGUCGCUAACGCGUGCCUUUUUACAGUUCCGCUGUCCAUUUGUUUACUGGCUACAGUAACCUUUUACUUCAAAAUUUAUCUCAAGACCCGCCAGAGUAAAGUAAAUAAAACAACCUUCAUAAGUUUCCAGGUCGCAAGAGCUAUUUUGCAAAAGAAGAUCGCCAAGACUGCAUUCCUUUUGACAGUAUGUCUAUUGGUCUUCUUCGUGCCCACCUUUGUGUUUAUCUUUCUCACCUAUCUAUUUCGUUAUAACCACAGAGAUAUGUAUCUUUGGUCUGUCAUCUUAAUCCAGUUGAAUUCCUGCGCGAGCCCAAUCUUGUACUUCUACAGAAAUCGCCGAUUUAGAAACACUGUUCUACAGAUGCUAAACAUCAAGAAAUCUGAAACAAAUGCGAUUGCACCCAGAGCAGGAAGGAAAGAGAUGCUAGCGAAGAGCAAAAACGACAAUGAAGCCGCCGCCUCGCCAAACCACAUUGGUCCCCAGCUGCAGAUUCCUAUCAUCGGCAAACAGGAAACAGCAAAACCUGACACGCGCGGAGAAUCCAUGACUGGAGAAAUGAAGGGGAUAAAGGAACCAAGGACAGCAUGGAAGCACCCCAAGAAUUUCACCACGCCCAAGAAGAAAGUCAAUUGUUUUGACGACGUUAAGGGCCAUUCCCAGGCACAUGAAUUGAGGGAAAGGGAGUCCAUGGCAGCGAAGACUGGAACUCAGCGCUUGACCCAGCAGAAUGACCACUUAUCUCCAAACGAAAUAACUGGAGAGAAAAAAGUCAGCUCUCUUUAUCAAGACACAGGUGGCCCAGGAACAUAA